AUGGAUCUGCAAACCUGCAUGUCCAUGAAACCUGAUAACGAAACGGAUGGCCUGACAGUUCUGUGGGAAGAGAACAGGGAUCUCAAAGUUCUUCCAGAGGGACAGCGCAUCGCACUGCUGACUGUGGCGAUUAUUCUCUGCUGCUUCUGCGUAGUCGGCAACUGCGCAGCCGUCUUCAUUUUAUUUCGCAGGAAACUGCGCAUGCUCUACAAAUGUUGCCUGAUUUCUCUGGCUCUCAGCGACCUUCUGCUUGGUGCGUGUUACUCCGCCACCUACAUUCCGAAAUUCAUACAGAAAUAUUCUAAUGCUUGGGUGCUGGGUGAAAGCACGUGCAACUUUGUGCCCCUGCUGAUGGCGAUGUGCCUCCUGGUCAACUCCAUGACAGUUUCCUGCAUCGCCCUGGACCGAUUCCAGGCUGUGAGGGGUGGGGCUAAGAGAAGGUGGGAGCCGAGCCUGUGGAUAUGCCUGGCCUUUAUGCUGCUAGUCUGGUCUGUGUGUGCAGGAACAGCCACGCCGAUGUUCUUCACUUACGACUACAAGGGGCCAAUGCAUGUGGUGACUGUGGAAUGUGAUAUUCUUCCCGAGAGCCUGUACUUCUGCGUCGUACCCACAAAAGUAUUCAAAAGCGAGUAUUACAUAACAGUAUACACCCUAAUAUUCCUUCCCUUGUUUGUCACUUUCGUCGGAUUCUAUGUCGUUGUAGCCAUGUACAUCUGGAAGCGACGUAUUCCCACAAACAAAAGUGCGCCUGCGCAGAAUUCUUCACACAAAACAGCCAUUACAAGCGCCUCCAGAAGAGAUACAAAAAAGUACAAGAAAGGUGACACAAAGACGUCACCUAGAUAUGUUUUCAAAAGCAACACUGAAAGUAACACGGGGUCAAGAAGCACUUUACUGACUGACAGUACCUCUGGAACACCUCUGAACCGCAGAAAGGAAAAUUACAGUGGCAUGCCCGAAACAAGUUCCCAUGUAGAACCGACUGUUCGUACCGUCCAAAGCAAACGUAAAGUACGUACCUUCAAAGUAAUUAUGGUUCUUAUUGCUACUUGUUUCAUAGGUCGCGUGCCUAGUUGGAGCUAUAAUGUGGCGCAGUCGGACCCCAGCAUUCGACUGGACGAUAUGAAAUGGUGGCUGUUGCAAUACUGGUUUACCAUACUUAGUCUGUUUUCAACAGCUCUGAAUCCAUUCCUUUAUUGUUUCCUGAAUGAGACACUCGAUGUCAUUCAGUCUGUCUUCAGAUUCGUCCGGAACAUAUUUGGAUAUUGUUGCGUGUUUUGGAAGCCGUCGGAAAAGAAAAUGGAUGUUGAAGCAGAGAGACAAGUAAUUGCAGAAGCACAGAGACAGCAGAUGAAUUCGGUGUCAAUAGUUCCAAGAGGACCGUACCUGAAUAAUGAAGAGAACAGACUGCCCUCUCUUGCGAUAUCCGUUGAAGUUAAUCACAUUUAACCUUUUAAAAUAUGGUUUCUAUUAAGGAAUCAUUUCUCUGUCAGUAUAUUCCAUUGCAAAGUGCAUAUUUUUUAUUGUACAAAAUCUUAGAGGUAGACUUGAAGGGGAGAAAUCUAAUAAGAGACGUAAGCGUAAAAGAAAAAAUAAUAUUACAAUGUAUCUUAAAGAUAGUUCAUGAGAAUGUGGACUAGGUCCAUCU